CUCACAUCGAUUUCAAGCUUACAAUACACGCAGAGAUUUGUCUCAUCACUCUCACUUUCCUUCUCUUUUUAGACACUUCGGGCUUUCGAAACGAUGCCUGGGCCUUCGUCGAUCAGUUCAACGUUCGCCAACAAUGGCAGCGCUGCAAGUCAUUUCGAAGUCUCACAGAGAAACCUCGAACACGGAACGCAUCCAGCAUUUGCACACUCCAAGGCUAUACCUGACGUCUCUCAACAAGUGCCUGCGUUUGAAGAGUCAGACGCCUAUACCCUACGAGUCCGACAUGAAGCUACAGAGAUAUCGCAAGGUUUUGGGAAGUACUCGAACGAAAAUGGAACACGUCUUGUGAAGGGCUCAGAGAAACUAGGUUUGGAGCACGACCUCAGAGGAGUUGGGACGUGGUUCGACGGACAAUACCCUAAGGAAUAUGAUGUUGUAGUAAUUACAUGGUGGACAUCUUGAUAGUAUUUUUUUUCAAUACAACCAGUGAUUU